UUCGAAGUUUGCAAUAAUGCAGCCUGAAGGUUGCAUUAAUGCAGCUUGAAGCUUGCAAUCCCUCCGCGGCGCGGCUCAGGGGAGGGAAUGCCUCGCUCCUCUCUUGCUGCAUCAAGGCGGUUCGAAGUUUGCAAUAAUGCAGCCUGAAGGUUGCAAUCCCUCUGCGAGUCCCGGGACCGGACCGGACCUUGCUGGUGAGGGAGCUGCCCGAGUCGUGGCCAUGGCAACCAGCCUGGAUGCGGAUAUCGUUCGGGAGUUGCUGGAAUGCCCCAUCUGCAUGGAGACCUAUGACCAGGCAGCGAUCAGGCCCAAACUGCUGCAGUGUGGACACACUGCAUGCAGGCAGUGCCUGGAGAAGCUCAUCGCGGACAGCAUCAACGGCGUGCGCUGCCCCUUCUGCAGCAGGGUGACGCGGAUGAGCAGCCUGUCCCAGCUCGCGGACAACCUGACCGUGCUGAAGAUCAUCGACUCGGCCAGCCUGAGUGAGGCGGUGCGGGCGGUCAUGUGCAGGGGCUGCCGCAGGAGGCAGCCGCGCAGCUUCUGCGAGCGGUGCAGCGUGGCGGUGUGCGAGGCCUGCGGGGACGACCAGCACCGGGCCCGUGGCCACCCGGUGGCAACGGCGCGGGCAGCGGCCGAGAGGAGGCGCGGGGAGGUGGCGGCCAGGCUGGCUGGGCUGCGGGAGGUGCAGGCUGGCCUGCGGCGGCGCAAAGCAGCCGUGGACGCCCUGGCCAAGAGCGCGCAAGCCGGAUACAGAGCGGUGCAGCAGGACUACUCCCGCGCCGAGCGGCAGCUGCAGGAGGAGCUGGCCAGGUCACGACGGGUCUUCACCGCUGCCCUGUCGGAGGUGGAGCGGAAUAACGGCCAGGUUCUGGAGGAGCAGGCCUACCUGAUCGACAUCGCUGAGGUACAGAUCAUCUCUCGGUGUGACUACCUCAGCACCAAAAUCAAACAGGCGGACACCGCCCUCCUUGAAGAAGACAUCGAUGAGGAAGACCCUGACAUGACCAAUGGCCUGUCUACGCGGUUGACCUUGCAACAACUCGAGCUGGUUAAACGGGACCACCUGGAACCCAUUGAAGUUGGCCAACUGGAAUCCAAGCCGUACACAAUCUCCAUUGAAGAAACGCUGGCGGAGAUGCCCACUCCCUCUGAGCCAGCGCAAGACGUGGACUCCACCAAGGAUACGGCCAGCUUCUCAAUGCCGGCCUCUCCCCCCAAACGCAGCAUGCACGAAAGUUUGGCCUCCGGGUCUCAUCCGAGCUGCCAGCUCGUGAAGAAGAUCGGUUCGCACGGCAACCUGCCGGGGAUGUUCCACCUGCCUGUGAGCCUGUGCGUAUCGGCACAGGGCGAGGUGCUGGUGGCGGACCGAGGCAACUUCAGGCUGCAGGUCUUCAACAGGAAGGGCUUCGCCAGGGAGAUCCGCAGGAGCCCGAACGGCAUCGACAACUUUGCCCUCAUCUUCCUCGGGGCCGAGCUGCCCAACCUGGUCCCCCUCUCGGUGGCGGUGAACAGCAGCGGGCUGAUCGGCGUCACCGACCACCACGACAACUCGGUGAAGGUGUACACCGCGUCGGGCCAGUGCGUGGCGUGCCACCGGAACCAGCUGACCAAGCCCUGGGGCAUCGCGGCCAUGCCCUCGGGGCAGUUUGUGGUGACGGACGUGGAGGGCGGCAAGCUGUGGUGCCUGACGGUGGACCGGCACGCCGGCGUGGUGGACUACUCCCGGCUCUGCAGCGCCGUGCGGCCCAAGUUCGUGACCUGCGACGCCGCCGGCACCGUCUACUUCACCCAGGGCCUGGGCCUGAGCCUGGAGAGCGGGCAGAACCAGCACCACCUGGAGGGCGGCUUCUCCAUCGGCUCGGUCAGUGCCGAGGGGCAGCUCCGCCGUCAGUUCAGCCACUUCUUCGCCGAGAACGAGGACUUCCGCUGCAUCGCGGGCAUGUGCGUGGACGGAGCCGGCAAUCUCCUCGUCGCCGACAGCGGCCGCAAGGAGGUCCUGCUCUUUCCCAAAGAGGGCGGGUUCGUCAGCCUGUUGCGGGAAGGCCUGGUCUGCCCGGUUGGUGUUGCCGUGUCGGCCAAGGGGCAGCUCCUAGUGCUGGACUGCUGGGACCACUGUAUCAAAAUCUACACCUAUCACCCCAGGCAACAGGUGGUGAAUUAACCCCAUGAGUGGGAAGUCCCGACAAACCGUGUGUGUGUGUGUGUAAGAAGGAAUCGCAGAUGCUGCUUUAAACCGUAGACAAAAAACGAGUACCUCAGCUGGUCAGGCAGUAUCUGUGGGGGAAAAGAAUGGGUGAUGUCUCGGGUCGGAACCCUUUCUCAGACAGGAAACUUCAGCCAGCGUAUCUUUAUUUAUUUUGUUUUGUUUUAAAUUUAAUUUAUUUUAUUUUUAUUUUUUUUAUUUUAUUUUUUGUUUUUUUGUAUUUCUCUCUUGUUUCCCUCUCCCCUUUUACUCUCUGUUUGAAGAAAGGUAUUCUGUCCACACGGAGGACAGUUCAAAAGGCCUCGACCCGAAACGUCACCUAUUCCUAUUCUCCAUUGAUGCUGCCUGGCCCGCUGAGUUCACUCCAGCUUUUUGUGUCUUAUCUUCAGCCCACAAACCCUUCCCGACACCAAGCUUAUUUCCACCAGCAGAACAAUCGACCAUUUCAAAUCUCUGUUGCAGAUUUCACUGUGGUUAGAGUAACUAAUCAAACUCAGGCCGUGAAGUGAACUGUUUCGGAAAGAACUGCAGGUGCUGGUUUCAAUCGAAGGCAGACACAAAAUGCUGGAGUAACUCAGCGGGACAGGCAGCAUCUCUGGAGAAAAGGAAUGGGUGACAUUUCGGGUCGAGACCCUUCUUCAGUCUGACCUGAAACGUCACCCAUUCCUUCUCUCCGGAGAUGCUGCCUGUCCCGCUGAGUUACUCCAUGAAGUGAACUCUUGUGCAUGCUGGAACGCCUAGUUAAAUCAACCACUAUGAUUGUGUAUAACAUGACCCUUGAUUUGCAGUUUAUACAAACUGUUAUGUUUUCCUUGCUUUACAGUGAGUGCCACUUGAAUAAAAGAUUUUGAGGGGAAAAAAAAACCUUGGAAUAUUAUGCCACGUUCUGGAACUAUAGAUAAUUUCAAAAAAUAGUCACAAAAAAUGUUUUCAUUUUCAUCCCUUGAAUAGACUGAAGCACAGAAAAGGUAAUUAAUUGUGUUCGACCGAGGCUUGUUUGGAGGCUGUUGCUUUGGUUUAAGUUCAUGUGAGGUUUUGUAAUUUGAGUUAAAAAUGAUCAGGAAAAAUGGAAUGUCUUACAAAUAAAACAUUUACUUUCACAAGC